AAACCUUGUCAAGCCCUGUUCCUCUGCCCAGGGCGAACAGAGGCGGGAGGGAAGGGGCUGCCAGUUUAUUUGGCAGCAAUGGGAUGCCAAGGCACGGCUCACCCGUAACACGGUUCCCGGGGGAAAUGUUCCUGUGCUGAGAGUGACCCCGCUGUCCCGAGCAGCCUCUGGCCCUAGGCAGCGGGCUCAGAGCGAGUGCACAUGUGCUCGCCAAGCCUCGGGAUUCAGCAGGGCAGAGAAGCGAGCCAUUGUCCCCGCCAGGGUCAGCCCCACGAGCACCACCCGCCAACGAGGCCCCGGCUGGUACCAGCUGCCGGCUGGGACACCGCGGCCGUGCCAUGGCCGGGCUGCUCCGGCCAGCAGGAACCCUGCUCCUCCUCUGCUUUGCUGCGCGUCUCCAGGCCAGCCCGGAGCUGUCCGGGUACCUGCGCAAGGUGCUGAGGAACCACACUGCCCACACCUGCGAUGGAGAGCAGCUCCUCAUCGUCUGCCCUCACAAAACCACCAUCAGCAUCCUCGGGGCCUUCUAUGGGCGUCGAGUGCCCAGCACCAACCUUUGCCCCAGCCCCGACAGUGCCUCCCAGGAGAGCACCGAGUGCACGUCUGCCACUGCCCACCUGAAGCUGCUGGCUGAGUGCCAGGACCAGCAGUGGUGCCAGUUCUCAGUGCACAGCCAGGUCUUUGGACCAGACCCAUGCCCUGGGACACACAAGUAUCUCAUCGCUUCCUACAAGUGUCGGCCAGGGAACCAUCGGGUCAAGACCGUGUGUGAGAAUGACAAGCUCAGGCUGCAGUGUCGACCAAAAUCCAUCCUGGCCAUUUAUUCUGCAAGUUAUGGACGAUUCCUGCGGGGCAAACCAGAAUGUGAUGUCUUAAACACAGGAGAACCCCCUAUAGAGUGUGUGGCUCCAGAUGCUCUGCGCAGGGUCUCCAAGAAGUGCCACCGCAAGGGGAACUGCACCGUGGCUGCUGACAAGGCCACCUUUGGGGACCCGUGCCUCCCUGGCAUGAAGAAGCAGCUGCGAGUCUCUUACACCUGUGUGCCCAAGCAGCUGCUGGAGGAGGUGGGCCCUGACACCUCAGACCCCUUCCUGCUCUCGGACUACAUACACGGUGGCUGGUACAAAGGGCCCAGGUUCUCCAGGCUCCAGGAAGACCGCAUGGUUUUUACUAGCUCUCUGGCAGCUUUUGCUCACCUUUGGGGUGUCCCAGAGAAAGUUGCCCUCUACUUUCUUUGUGGAGUCUCAGGAGGCCUCAUGCUGCUGCUGUGCAUCAUCAGCCCCAAAACAACCUUCCUCCAGGAGGUGAGGGAGGCUCUCAAAGACCCAGAGCUGGGGAGCAGCUCAGAGCUGGGCAGGACCAAGUUGCGGGAUGAGCAGGAUGAAGACAUCCCUGAUGACAGCUCCUCAGACUCCUCCUUCCGCCGCCUCACCCGCACCUACCGGGCCACUGACAGCAUCUUCGGCCCUGAGCUGACGGCAGCUAUGGAGGGAGCAGUGGAGCACCAGGGCCACAGUGGGGAGGAGAUCUGGGUGCCCAAGGAGUCAAGCCCAUAUGCCAUACACAAGAUCAAAUCGGCCACCAAAUAAGAACUGGAAGAAAAUGGUUGGAGGGCAGGAGAGGAGUGCAGGCUCAGUGGGAUCCAACAUCAGAGAGAUAUAAGAGUUUGGGCUCCUUGGGGUGACUGGACAUCCUGAGCAGCAGCAGGGUCAUGGCAGCUCCAGUGUGUCCAUCCACCAGCUGGGGGUGACCCUCAGUGUGGUGAGGAGCUGUGUAAUUGUUCUGUGGGCCAUGGGCUCCUCUGCCACAGAUGCCACCAACCCUAACCUAACCUCCCUGUUCUCAGCUUGCAUUGUCUGGCUCUAGAGUUUAACCCUGAUCAGCUGUGCCAAGCCCACCCUGAGCCCUUCGAAGCUGCUUGCCCCUAUUUCUCCUUGGGUACUGGCUUCCACUCCUGGUGCUGCAAACACAUCCUGCACUCGGGCACUGUGUCAGCAGUGGAGAGGCAGGAAUGGCCAGGACAUAGGAAGAGGCACGUGGAGUGGGUGUGCAAGCAGAGCAGACAUCACCAGCACAGCCCCACCACGGUGCAUGCCAUGCAGCCCGGCUGUGCCAAGGAAGCUACUCCCCGGGCUGGGGCCACUGGCAGCUCAGCAUAACACAGGCUCUCACCUACCUGCAGGCAUUCAGGAGCUCUGUCACCCCCUGUUGCUCUAUGCUUUCCUCUCUACUUUCCCCCGUGGCAGGAGAGCCCCAAGUUUUAACUUGCUGUGUUUUUUCCCAGCGAAUAAAUGCAACAGCUC